AUGGAAAUUUCUAUAUAUCAUAUAAAUAAAUUUAAACUCGGGCAUAGAAUAAAAACCAAUUCAUUAUCUCUCUUACUGGCUAUUAAUCGUGAAUUUUUUAUUAUAUUUACUGCAUCUAUUUCUGACUGGAUGGCACUCAUAACUCCUCCAAUAUUCAUGGCAGUUGGUGCAUUUUACAUGCGUAUACUUGGCUCUGAUACUGAAUAUAAUGGAGAAUUUCUUGAGACUAUAUUAUAUGCUGUAAUUCCAC